AGCUCCAAGCUUUCUGAGCACACAACCUGCCCUCCUGUAUUAGGGCAUUUUAUGUUGUGUUCUCUCAGGCUCUUCAUUUUUGCUGCAUUUAGAGAUUAGUACAUGAGGCUUUUUAAUGCAUGGGAGAUGGGUCAGGACCAGACAAAGCAACAGAUAGAAAAAGGACUCCAUCUCUACCAGUCUAAUCAGACUGAAAAGGCUCUGCAAGUCUGGAUGAGGGUUUUGGAGAAGUCUGCGGAUCCUGCUGGCAGGUUUCGCGUUUUGGGUUGCCUCAUCACUGCUCAUGCAGAGAUGGGCAGAUACAAAGAUAUGCUGAAGGUAAGGCAUGUGAUGAAGCUUCAGAGAAAGUUCGCAGUGGUACAGAUUGACACAGCACGGGAGCUGGAAGACCCAAAUUACCUUACAGAGGGCUAUCUAAACCUGGCUCGCAGCAAUGAGAAACUCUGUGAAUUCCAGAAAACAAUAUCUUACUGUAAGACAUGCUUGAACAUGCAGGGUACUACUGUGAGCCCGCAGCUGAAUGGCCAGGUGAGCCUCAGCAUGGGCAAUGCCUUCCUGGGCCUCAGCAUUUUCCAGAAGGCUUUGGAGUGCUUUGAAAAAGCUUUACGCUAUGCACACAACAAUGACGACAAGAUGCUGGAGUGUCGAGUCUGCUGUAGCCUUGGGAACUUCUAUGCCCAGAUAAAGGACUAUGAGAAAGCUUUGUUCUUCCCAUGUAAAGCAGCAGAGCUGGUGAAUGACUAUGGAGCAGGCUGGAGCUUGAAGUACCGUGCAAUGAGCCAGUAUCACAUGGCAGUGGCCUACCGGAAGCUGGGGCGCUUGGCAGACGCUAUGGACUGCUGUGAGGAGUCCAUGAAGAUUGCCCUUCAGCAUGGUGACCGGCCUCUGCAGGCACUGUGUCUGCUGUGCUUUGCUGAUAUCCAUCGCAGUCGCAGAGAUGUUCAGACAGCCUUUCCCCGGUAUGAUUCUGCCAUGAGCAUCAUGACAGAGAUUGGAAACCGCCUGGGUCAGAUCCAGGUGCUGCUAGGAGUGGCUAAGUGCUGGAUGAUCCAGAAGGAGCUGGACAAGGCUCUGGAAAGCAUUGAAAAGGCACAGGAACUGGCAGAGGGACUAGGGAACAAGCUUGGUCUGCUGAAGCUCCACUGUCUGUGUGAAAGGAUCUAUCGCACAAAGGGGCAGCAGCGAGAAUUGCGUGACCAUGUAGUGAAGUUCCAUGAAUGCGUGGAGGAGAUGGAGCUGUACUGUGGCAUGUGUGGAGAAUCUAUUGGGGAGAAGAACAACCAGCUGCAGGCGCUGCCUUGCUCCCACUUCUUCCACUUAAAGUGCCUGCAGACCAACGGGACGCGGGGCUGCCCCAACUGCCGCCGGCUGUCGGUGAAACCCGGAUACGUGUGAUCGCGGACGCCGCCG